AUGCAGCAAAUCUGGCUUUCUCUGCUGUCUGGCCUUUGCCUUCGCCUGGUUUUCUUCUGCAGUGCUGAGGAAGGCCUCGAGUUCCCUAACUUCGACGGGAAGGACAGGGUGCUGGACAUCAAUGAGCGCAACUACAAGAAGGCUCUAAAGAGAUACGACCUGCUGUGUCUGUUCUACCAUGAACCAAUGCCUGCCAACAAGGGCCUUCAGAAGCGGUUCCAGAUGACAGAGCUGGUGCUGGAGCUCACAGCUCAGGUCCUGGAGAACAAAGACAUCGGUUUUGGGAUGGUGGACGCACAGAAGGACGCCAAAGUAGCCAAAAAACUGGGUCUGGAGGAAGUGGGCAGCUUGUACGUCUUCAAGGACGACCGUGUCAUUGAGUUUGAUGGGGAGCUCUCAGCAGACACACUGGUGGAGUUUCUAUUGGAUGUGCUGGAGGACCCAGUGGAAAUGCUCAAUAACGCCAUGGAGCUGCGAGCCUUCGAGAGGAUGGAGGAAGACAUCCGCCUCAUUGGCUACUUUAAGGGAGAAGAUUCAUACUACAAAGCUUUUCAGGAAGCCUCCGAGCGUUUUCAACCUUACAUCAAGUUCUUUGCUACAUUUGAUAAAUCUGUAGCCAAACAUCUCUCCCUCAAGAUGAACGAGGUGAAUUUUUAUGAGCCAUUCAUGGAGGAGCCGGCCAUCCUGCCUGGCAGACCUCUGUCAGAGAUGGACAUUGUUGAGUUUGUCACCCAACACAGAAGGGCUACUCUGAGGAAACUGCGGGCAGAGAAUAUGUUUGAAACAUGGGAGGACGACAUGGAUGGAAUACAUAUUGUUGCUUUUGCUGAGGAGGAGGAUCCAGAUGGCUAUGAGUUCCUGGAGAUCCUGAAAGACGUGGCCAGAGACAACACCAACAACCCAGAGCUCAGCAUCGUCUGGAUCGACCCUGAUGACUUUCCUCUGCUCACCACUUACUGGGAAAAAACCUUCAAGUUGGACCUGUUUAGACCUCAGAUCGGAGUGGUCAACGUCACAGAUGCGGACAGUGUGUGGCUGGACAUGUCCAAUGACGAGGACCUGCCCACCGCGGAGGAGCUGGAGGACUGGAUAGAAGACGUCCUGUCUGGCAGGGUGAACACGGAGGAUGACGAUGAGUCUGCUGACGACAAGGAAAACCUUGACGGCUAUGUGCCAGAAGACAGUUACGAAAGUCACGACCCAGAUGAGGAAGAUGACAGCGAUGACUAA